AAUGCCCCCACCCCAUCUCCAGCCACCCCACAGCCGGGCAGUCUCCCCGAAGCAGAGGCAGCAGAAAGAGGGCAGCGGGGACGGGCCUGGUCUGUGGGGGAAAUGGCAGAGUUGACAGAUGACGGUGGCAGCCCCAAGGAGAACGUGGACCCGUUCUACUACGACUACGAGACCGUCCGCAAUGGGGGCCUGAUCUUCGCUGCCCUGGCCUUCAUCGUGGGGCUCGUCAUCAUCCUCAGCAAAAGAUUCCGCUGUGGGGCCAAGAAGAAGCACCGGCAAAUUCCUGAAGAUGGGCUCUAAGGAGAGAGCCAGCCGUGCCCACCCUUGCACCGGGGCUGCUUGGAAGUCUUUCCUGAGCUGUAGACCUCUGUCCCAGCACUACCAAGCCCUGGGGCUGAAGGAAGCUUCAGGCUCCACAUGACCCCUGGGUGGGCAUCACCUCCUUUUGCCCCGUGUUAAUAAUAAAGCCGGCCUUGGAGACGGCUCCUUCCCUGGC